AUGUUCAGACUAGUAGCUAAAAGAUCCUUCUCCUCUACCUCCACCAAUCUACGUAAAGUCGCCGUGCUCGGUGCUGCAGGCGGUAUUGGUCAGCCACUAUCUCUUCUAUUAAAACUAAACCCAAGAGUCACCGAUUUGCGUCUAUACGAUUUGAAAGGUGCCACCGGUGUCGCUGCUGAUUUAUCCCAUAUCCCCACAAACUCCGUCGUCAACGGUUACACUCCAGAAAAUGACGGACUGUCCACUGCUUUGAAAGACGCAGAACUAGUGGUCAUCCCAGCAGGUGUCCCACGUAAACCAGGUAUGUCAAGAGACGACUUGUUCUCCAUCAAUGCCGGGAUCGUCCGUGAUUUGGCCACUGCCGCUGCAAACAAUUGUCCCAACGCCUCCAUCUUGGUCAUCUCCAACCCUGUCAACUCGACAGUCCCAGUAGUCGCCCAAACUUUCCGUAAAUUGGGUGUCUACAACCCACGGAAAUUGUUCGGUGUCACCACUUUGGACUCUGUCCGUGCUUCUCGUUUCAUUUCCGAAUUACAAAAUACUGAUCCAACAAAGGAAUUUGUCUCCAUCAUCGGCGGCCAUUCCGGUAUCACCAUCAUCCCAUUAUUAUCUCAAACCAAAUACAGCGAAGAGAUCACGCCAGAACAACGUGACGCUCUGGUCAACCGUAUUCAAUUCGGUGGUGACGAAGUUGUCAAGGCCAAGAACGGUGCAGGUUCCGCCACUCUAUCCAUGGCUUAUGCCGGUUCGCGUUUUGCCAAUUCCGUCAUGGCUGGUCUUGACGGCGAAUCCGACGUCGUCGAAGCCGCCUUUGUCGAAUCCCCAUUGUUCAAAGAUGAAGGUAUCGAGUUUUUCGCCUCGCAAAUUACUUUGGGCAAAGACGGUGUCGAAAGGAUUGGUGAAUUGGGUCCUUUGAACGAAUAUGAAAAGGGUCUCUUGGAAGUUUGCAAAGAAACUUUGAAGAAGAACAUUAAAAAGGGUGAGGAUUUUAUAAAUAAUGCCUAG